AUGCCCAUCCCCAUCAUUGCCCAAGCCCUUCGGGAUGGCGUUUCAUCCAUUCCACAUGCCUGGACAUUCCUCCGCAUAGCACCAUGGGUGCUAGCCCUCGCAGCACUGAAAUACUAUUUCGAAGGAGCCCGCAACGGCUCCGAGCGAAUGAUGCGAUCAAAAGUGAUAAUGGUAACGGGCGGCACCUCUGGGAUAGGUGCAGAAGUAGUCCGCGAGCUCGCAACACGCGGCGCCCAAGUAAUCCUCCUAACCCGCCAACCACCCUCUGACAUCUACCUCUCCGAAUACAUCGACGACCUGCGCACCAGCACAAAAAACCAUCUAAUCCACGCCGAACAAGUCGACCUCUCCUCCCUGCACUCAAUCCGCACUUUUGCAACAAAAUGGAUCGAUAACAUCCCACCCCGCCGACUAGACUGCAUAAUCCUCGUCGGCGGAACAGCUGAGCCCUCCGGACCCCGUGCUCUAACAACAGACGGCAUCGACAUCGAAUGGCAAACAAACUACCUCGCAAACUUCCACCUCCUCAGUAUCCUCAGCCCAGCACUACGCGCUCAACCCGCACACCGCGACGUACGCGUGAUCUUCGCAACAUGUGCAAGCUACAUCGGCGGCGACUUCAGUAAUCUGGACUCUGUGGCGCGCGGGAAGCAGAAGGUUGUUUCCAAGCGCACAAAGACUACACCGCCGCUAUACGCGCAGCCUAAGGGCGUGUACGCUCUCAGCAAGCUCGCAUUGACUAUCUUUGCGCACUCAUUCCAGCGACAUUUGAAUGCUUAUGAGAGGCCGGAUAGUCUGCCACCGUGUACGCGGGUUAUCGUUGUUGAUCCUGGGAUGACGCGGACACCGGGGACACGACGCUGGUUGACUGGCGGGUCGCUGUGGGGUCUUGCGUUGUAUUUGAUUACUUGGCCGAUAUGGUGGCUACUGCUGAAGUCGCCUGUGCAGGGCGCGCAGAGUAUAUUGUAUGCGGCGAUGGAGCAGCAGUAUGGACGGGGAGGGGGUGGGUGGUUGAUUAAGGAGUGUCGGGAGAUGGAUUAUGCGCGGGCUGAUGUGCGGAAUGAUGAGGUUGGGAAGAAGCUUUGGGAGUUUAGUGGGAAGAUGGUUGAGGAGGCGGAGAAGGAGAGUGCUGUUAUGAGGGCUUUGCUGAAGAAGGAGCUUGAGCUUGAGAAGCAAAAGACUGAGGCUGAGAAAGUGAAGAAGGAGAAGGCGGAGGCGACUUCGAAGAAGGGGAAGGCUGAUGGGUCGAGGAGGAGUCGGAAAGCACAGAAAUAA